AUAGUAACGACUAACGGAUUAUAAAAAUUUGAAUUUAGAUAAACAUUAUUUUCGUGAAAAAUAUUAUUUAGAAUUUAGAGUAGUUUUUGUUAUGUUGUUUGAUAACUAAGCAAUAAAAAUUUCAGUUAUUUUUAUACAUAAAUUAUGUGUUAACUUUGAUAGACUAUCGUAAAGAGAGUACCUACCUGUUCCUAUAGUAUUGAGAAGUAUUGGACACUUGAAGAUACAUGCAACUCAUAAAAAAUAUGGAUCUACAGCUAAAACCAGUGUUGGAAAAAUACUCCAAAUAUACUAUAGAAAAACAACCCAGUCCAACGUAUGUCGAAAUAUACACCAAAAGUGAAAAUGAUAUCGUUUUAGCUUAUUCAAAAGUAAAGCAAUCUACAGGCUUGUCAUCUGAGUAUACCCCUAAAAACAAUGAAUGUGAAAAAGAUGAAUUGGAUUUAACUGGUUCACCUUUGAAAUUGGAUUUGAGCUUGCACACAAUAUUAGAUGAAACAAUGAUUCCUGAUGAACCACAACUUUGGAAAAAGGAAGAAUUAUUGCAUGGACCUAUUGAUGUUAAUAUAGCAAGAGAUAUUGCUAAUCUUUAUUCAAGGAGUAUAUCAACAUUGCCUAAAGAUGAUGUUGUACCAAUGUGGGUUCUAUGUAACCCAGCAUCGGAAGAACCAGGAAAACCUAUCUUACUUACUAUUCAGUCAAAUAAUGAAGAAUUUAACAGAGGAAUCGUUACAUAUGAAGGUGCAUUAACUUUAGAUGAGAUUGAUGUUGAAGAGCUCAUAAAAGAAUUUGCGAAACAAGAACAAAUCGAUGAAGAUUUGAUAUCAAUAUUGGUGGACUCUAAAUAUACAAUCGCUGGUAUGACAUAUGGGCAACUUAGUGUUGUGGAACAACUUAAUACUCCACAUGGCGGUUUCACCGAGUUGCACUGUGAGUGGACGACUAAAACGGUUCAUACUCCUUAUAUCAGCUGUAAAGUACGCUUUGAGCAAGAAGUAACUAUAGGUCACAUGGCCAGUCCGUGCAAUGCCGUGUGGAAGUCUGUGUGUGCAUUACACAAUAUAAACCAGCUGUUGGUUGAUAUGAUGGCUGCUGGAACUACGUGCAUCAAUUUGGAAACAGCUGUUAUUACACCAGUAAUACCUGGUAUGAAACGCUACAACAAUGCAAAGCGACUCAAGGAGUUGUUGAACGAAACAGAAAUGUACACAUACACUGCUGAUUGCCCAGCGGGGGGCUGUCUGUGCGUCACUGAAGACACUACUAGUCUGCGGCAAUGUAUGGCGGACAUGAAGAGAGGAUCGAGUAACGAUUUUACUUAUAAACUGUGGGAUGUGUUGCGUGAAUGUGAAACAGCAGAGGAAUUGAUGACGUUGCUUCUACAAGCUCUGACCUUUAUAUCGUCUGGGAAAAUAAGACCAUUUAUUGACGUAAGCAACAAGUCUCUUCUGUCAAAACUCGUGUUGAAACUGUCUCGUGGUCACUCGCAAACAUCCAAAGUCCUGAAGAAUCUUCGCUCAAGUCCGCCUCAGGCUUUGUCCCUUGUCGCCCAGGUGGGGGUGGACAAAACCAUGUGGGAAUACACCAGGAUCAUGUCGCUACUAGAGCAUUCAUUCUUCUUAGCCAGGGUGUGGAGAGCAGAUGCUAGAUCCGGUGAAUCCAUAGAACAGAUAAACCAAACCAUACAGGAUAUGACAAUGGGAGGUGAAUUCAAUUUGAACCCGUUUGAAAGUAUUUCAACAACGGAACACUCAAUACGAAUGGACUCCGAGUCGUUUUGUUUCGAGGAGGAAUCCAAUGAUUUGACUGUUGACGAUUUUGUCUCAUUAAAAAAACACGGACUUGUUAGUGAUAAGAAGGAUGCUAAUGAGGUGCCAUUGAUACCAGAUGAAAUAGAUAUUAGCUCCUGGAAGAACAUUCUAAUGAGAUUCGCUCAAAUACAUGCGUGCUUGGAACAUCUGUAUCGCGCUGAGACUUGCCUUCGAAUUGAUUUUUCACAAAUGAAAUCCAUCGCCUCUCGGCUUGUGGAGCUAUAUGUGACAGAGAAGUCUCCAAUAAAGACAGUGGGGCAACUCAUGAGUGAUCCUGUCGUGAAAAUUAAUAUUCCUAUCACCAAUAACACAGUCCAGGAUCAUUUGAAAAAGCCAGCAAUGUGGUAUCGCGUCGAUAUGUCCAGGAAAGAGGAAGCGAAGGACUCAGGAAUAUUACGUGACUGCAAGGUUGUGCACGUGUUCUCACAGCUGCCAGUAUUCCCAACAACUACGCAUCAAUAUAUAGAAACACCUAAUGAAGAGAUCGCUGAAACGACAACAGUGGGUGAAGAUCUAAAGUAUCAACAUACGAAAUAUAUAUAUCUUAGUAACAUAGUGAAUAGUUAUAUUGAAUUAUAAUGUUGGAAUUUAUGCCGUUUCAAUUGAUAUUUUUAUGAUAGAUAUUUUAUAAAGCUUUUUAUCUGUA